AUGGCACACCAAGGGCCAAGUCACGCUCUCAAGACCUCUCUUCCCGAGACAUAUGCCGCGAUCAAUGCCCAGCGACCCCCACCUUCAUACCUAUACCCUACACAAGAAGAGCAAGACAAAUACCUAGAAGGUAGGCCCGGUGCGACCCAGCAGCACCUCGAAGUCGCACUGGAACACGCGCAGCAGAUUCAGACCCAAAAGGAUGCCGAAGAUGUCAUCCUUAACCGCAUCCUUGAGCUCCUCGAGCUCCCCUCUUCUCCGACAGCGGACCCAGCCGCGCCGUCGCAAGAAGAUGCUGUAAAACUCAAAUAUUCGCUAGCCCCAUUUCGCCCCAGCGACUACGACAAUCUGAUCCUGGAGCGAAACUUCGAAGACUUGUGCGGGUAUGCUCUAUGUCCCCACAAGCAUCGCAAGCAAGACAACGGCCCGCGAGGCGGGUUCCAGUUUAAAUACGGUCCUAAAGGAAGUGGGCCAGGAGGGCGUGGACGCAGCGUGGAGAUUGUUUCACAGGACCGCAUCGAAAAGUGGUGCUCGGAUGCAUGCGCAGAGCGAGCUCUUUGGAUCCGGGUGCAGCUAUCUGAGAAGCCUGUGUGGGAACGACGGGCGGGCGAUACGCGGGGCACGUCUAUUCUAUUACUCGAGGAAGCUCGCGCCAAGCGCUUGAAGGCACCCGCCGCUACUAGCAGUAUCUCAUCCGUUGUGGAUGAUUUACAGAGCAUGGGACUUGGGAAUCGCAAUCGGUCCCGGGAGCUUGCGUUGGAACGCGGCGAUACCAGCUUGAUUCGUCCGGAUGGACGUGUUAACGUUGAUAUUAGAGAGAAUCAACGUGGUUCUCAGCAGGUGGCUGCCGCUCCACAGAUGCGACCGGAGGAUGCAAGGGGCGGUUCCAUUGAAGGAUACGUGCCCAGGGAGCGACGAGACGUCGAUCAAGAUGGAGACAUAGAUUUGCUCGAUCGGAUCUGA